AUGAGCCUUCACGGUAUCCUCCGUACGGCCGUGGCCCUGGCCGUGGCCUCAAUGAUACCGAUGGUGGCGGGCACAACGGCCCAGUCAACUGAGGUGGACAUAAUCUUCCCGGCCCUGAUUAGCAUGAACUUGGACUACGUGGAAGGUAGUGUCGUGAGUGCCGGCGCCUCAGCCACCACAAUCGAGAUUGACUGCCGGUCCAGCGCGACCAACCAAUGUCUCUCUUCCGGUUAUAUCUUGCCCCAGACCCUCACGACCGGUCCGUCCUUCCAGGACUUUCAUUACGACAUCACCAGCUAUUACAACAGCACUAUCUAUAUCGUUACUGGGACUUUGGACUGCAACCUCACCUCGUCUACGCUAGGCGCCUCCUGCUACGCCUCGACGAGCACGUGGAUAUCCAGUGGCCUGAAUGCCACCUCCUCGGCGUGGUCCACGAGCAUCUCCAUAUCUUCGUUCAACUUGAAGUAUAACACCUUGACCGUGGCAUCGGGCUUGGGGAAGCUUCCCACCGUGACCGCCGCGACCAACGCGUCCCCCCGUCAGACUGUGACAUCAACGUCUACGCCAACGACAACAACAAACGCCGCAACGACCUCAAAACAUCGCUCGUCCUCGAAAGCCUGGAUCGCGGGCCCGGUGGUUGGUGUGGUGGUUGGUUUGGCUCUGCUUGCGGCGGCGGCAUUUUGGUAUAUUAGUCGCAGGCGUAAGAGAAAUGCAGAUCCCAUGGGCGGAAAUCCAUCAGAGGGGAUAUCAGAGGUCUCAGAGCACCAGGCACAUCUACCUGUGCAGAACUCUCGGGCCGGAGAACUUCCAGCCCAGAUUGCGUCGACAGAGUUGUCAGUGAAAGAUUCCCAGGCGGGAGAACUUUCAGCUAAGAGUGCGCGGUCAGAAUUAUCAGCUCAAUACAAUCCCCACGAGCUGCCGUGA